AUGCCUUUGUGGUUGUUGUUGAUCCCAGCCAGCGCUUUUUCCACCUUUUUUUACAAGGGAAUCCCAAACUCGUGUACAGAAGAUCGACCAAUUUUUGACAACUUCUCAGUUAUCAUGAGUACUAAAGUGCAAAAGUUAAUGACUCAGCCCAUUAAUCUGAUGUUCAGAUUCUUGCAAAAUAAAGCACGUAUCCAAGUUUGGCUUUACGAGCAGGUGAACACGCGGAUUGAGGGCCGGAUCAUGGGUUUUGAUGAGUACAUGAACCUAGUACUGGAUGACGCCGAGGAAUUGGACGUGAAGCAUCUAAAGCGUACGCCAUUGGGUCGCAUCUUGCUAAAGGGAGACACCAUUACGCUCAUGAUGGCCGUCGAUGCGACAAACGGAUCCAAGUAG